CAGCGCGAUGGCGGCGGCUCCUUUAGGCAGCUGAAGGGGGACUUAGGCCCGGAAGAUCCGAGUCCAUCCGCGGCGGGGAGAAGGCAAGCGGGGCCGGCAGGGGCCGGAGCAGCGGCGGCGGCGCUCGGACUGUCCCAUCCGCCCCGUAUUGAGGCGCUGGGAGCGGCGGGGCGGCCGGAAAGCGAUGGUGAAAGCGGGGCCGUGAGGGGGGCGGAGCCGGACCGGAUCCGCAGUAGCGGCAGCAGCGGCGCCGCCUCCCGGAGCGCAGACCCAGGAAGCGGCCGGGCGGGCAGGAGCGAACCGUACCGCCGCCAUGGAGCUAAGGGUCGGGAACAGGUACCGGCUGGGCCGCAAGAUCGGCAGCGGCUCCUUCGGAGACAUCUAUCUUGGUACGGAUAUUGCUGCAGGAGAAGAGGUUGCCAUCAAGCUUGAAUGUGUCAAAACCAAACACCCUCAGCUCCACAUUGAGAGCAAAAUCUACAAAAUGAUGCAAGGAGGAGUGGGCAUCCCUACUAUCAGAUGGUGUGGGGCUGAGGGGGACUACAACGUCAUGGUGAUGGAGCUGCUGGGACCCAGCCUGGAAGACCUCUUUAACUUCUGCUCCAGGAAGUUCAGUCUCAAAACUGUCCUGCUGCUCGCUGAUCAAAUGAUUAGUCGUAUUGAAUACAUUCAUUCAAAGAACUUCAUCCAUCGAGAUGUGAAGCCGGAUAACUUCCUCAUGGGCCUAGGGAAGAAGGGCAAUCUGGUCUACAUCAUCGACUUUGGGCUGGCCAAGAAGUAUCGGGAUGCAAGGACCCACCAGCACAUCCCAUACCGAGAGAACAAGAACCUCACUGGGACGGCGCGGUACGCCUCCAUCAACACACACCUUGGAAUCGAACAAUCUCGAAGGGACGACCUGGAGUCUCUGGGGUACGUGCUGAUGUACUUCAACCUGGGCUCUCUCCCCUGGCAGGGGCUGAAGGCCGCCACCAAGAGGCAGAAGUAUGAGAGGAUCAGUGAGAAGAAGAUGUCCACUCCCAUUGAAGUGCUGUGCAAAGGCUAUCCCUCUGAGUUUGCCACAUACCUGAACUUUUGCCGUUCCUUGCGCUUUGAUGACAAACCUGACUACUCCUACCUGAGGCAGCUCUUCAGAAAUCUGUUCCAUCGCCAGGGCUUCUCCUAUGACUACGUGUUCGACUGGAACAUGCUCAAGUUUGGUGCCAGCCGGGCCGCAGAUGACGCUGAACGGGAACGCCGGGACCGAGAGGAGCGAUUGAGACACUCCCGGAAUCCAGCCACCCGCGGCCUCCCUUCCACAGCCUCUGGCCGCCUGCGGGGGACCCAGGAAGUGGCUCCCCCGACACCCCUGACCCCUACCUCACACACGGCCAACACCUCUCCUCGGCCUGUCUCUGGCAUGGAACGAGAGCGGAAAGUGAGCAUGCGGCUGCACCGUGGGGCCCCAGUCAAUGUCUCCUCCUCGGAUCUCACGGGCCGACAAGAUACCUCUCGCAUGUCCACCUCACAGAAUAGCAUUCCUUUCGAACACCACGGCAAGUAGCUGCUCGUCUCCGCGGAAGGCAGCACUGGAUUCCCGGUCGGGUGGCUUCCAGCGGUCUUCAGUCUGUCGUGCACCGAUGAGACUCCUUUUUGCUGUGAAGGGCAGACAAUGCAUGGCUGAUCUACUCUGUUACCAAUGGCUUUACUAGUGACACGCCCCCCGGUCUAGACCCGAAAUGUUAACGCCGGGAGCCCUCCAGGCCACUUACCCAGAGACGCUCAUGGGGAAUCAAAACAAACUAAACGGACAGGCUCUGAGAGCCGCCAUCGCCAGGGGCUGCCGGCAUGGCCCCCACGUGAGCCCAGUUUCCACGGGGCUGGGCAGAAGAGCAGAGUGUGGGAGACUUGCAUAGAGACCCAACUCCCUGCCAAGAGCCUCAGCUCCCUCCAGUGGUGGCGAACCUGUGCUCCCUGACGACCCCACUGCAACUACCAGUCUUCUACUUGGUUAAGACAGUUUUGUAUCAUUUUGCUAAAAAUUACUGGCUUAAAUCUGUGUAAAGAAAUCUGUCUUUUUAUUGUUUCUUUCUUGUCUGUUUUGCGGUCUUAAAAAAAGAUGUUGAUUUUGAAGACUCCUGAGACAGACACUGGCUGGAGGUCUGUGUGAGAUGGAGCCAGGCAGAAGAGGGGCACGUGAAGGACAGGGUGUGUGUUCCGUUUGUUUCCUCGUGCUGUGUUGUCCGUGGAGAGGCGGUCUCGUCAGGCUGUGGUCACGUGCACCUGUGUGCCUCGCUGGCCCUCCUUCUGCAGGCCCAGAUGCCUGCUCAAAUGCGGGCUGGGCUCAGGCUUCCGGGAAUAGGGGCGUGGGGGCCAGGGCUCUGAGGGGCUCAGCCAGAAGCCUGGGGAGCUCCAAGAGUCAAAGUUGGAUGUGCGUUCCUGAUUUUCUGGGGAGAGGACUGAAUCAGACACCCCGAGGUCCUGUUGGGGGUCCUAUGUGGUUUUUUGGUGGUGGUGGUGGUUCCACUCUGCCUUUGGCUUUGGGAAGUUUCCGAACAGACUUAACACUGCUGUGCACAUGGGCACUGUCACCGCCUCUGCUCGAAGCCAGGGAAGCAGGUUGUCCUCAGACUCCAGGGUGUGCUGAAGGGAACCCACCCCGAAGUGCCAAGCGUCAGGUACCUGUCCAGCUGCACUGAAAACCUUCACCUCCAGAAAGGUGGCUCCACCUACUUCAUGACCUUGGGCUGGACAUCUGUGAAGAGGCAGCCCCUGUGAUCCCCUCUGGUCUCUCCCGUCCUGUCCUAUUGGCACUGGCUGCUCUGCUGCUGCUGUAGCUGCAGCUUAAGAUGCUCUUCCCUGCUGAGGUUCUGAGGCACCCCCGGGAGGUGAGGUGCGGUAUACGUGUGCACGGGUCCGUUUCCAUUUCUUUUGCCAACCUGUGGAGAGAGUGCUGCUGGGAAUCGGCACCCUUGGUGGGGCCUGGCAGUGCCACAGUGGCUUUCCCUCCUUCCCCAGAGCUCCCUGCACAGCACUGGGGUAGGCUGCUGGUAUGUGGUGGCAUCCCCAAGCACAGUGGUGCUGUCCAGUGGGCCAUUUGUCUUUCUGAGCCUGCGAGUGCUUUUUCCUGAAUCCUGAGCUGGUUACUCUGUAAGCAUUUUAGAGUGUGGGGCCUGACUGGGUGGGCCGUGUGUCUGGGAGUGCAAAGGGAGUUUGGGGCGGGUCUCAGUGAGUUUGAGGUUUUCAUGGUGGCGAACCCGUUAAUCAGUUUGGGCCUUCGCCUCUCAGUAGCCGUCCUGUAUGGCAGGUACCCUUUGUCAAUACCCAUGGUCCCAACAUGGUUCCAGGAGGGUGGAGCCUCGACCUGGGACUGCUGGCUGUGCUGGGAGCAGACCCGUCCUGACCCCUCGGGUAUGGCUGUGACAGUUCUCGCCCAGAUUGUAACCCCGUCAUGACUGGCAGGCAAUGUAGUUAGAGUGUGUAUCAUCCUGUGUCUUGUGACCAGUCUCUGAGCUGUGCAUUUGUACUACCACUGUAUUUGUGUACUUUAACAAUUAUGUAAAUAAUAAAUUCAUAAUGACUUCUA